AUGGAGAAUUCCAAACAAACUGCAGAGGUAGUUCCAUCAUGGGACGGAAAUCCUCGUGGAUGGCGCCGUUACCAACGUGAGGUGCUUUGGUUCUACAUGGGGACUCGCAAAUCUCAGCGAAGCCUGUUGGGUCCUCGUCUGGUAUCAAAGCUCACAGGUCCUGCCCGACUUCUUGCGAUGUCUUGGAGUCACUUGGACAUCGCUGGACCUGAUGGUGUGAAAAAUGUCUUGAAACGCCUUGAGUCCUCUCCACUGGUGAGGAAAAAGAUUCCCAACUCUGCGGCAACGAUGACUCAGUACUUUGGGUACAGACGUCACAAUGGUGAGAACAUCAAUGCCUAUCUGGUUCGUGAGAGCCUCUUCUAUGAGGAGUUUGUGGAAUCACUCAUGGAGCUCAAGGGCGCGCAAGGUGACGUCAUGAAGGACUUGGAGACCAUUGAUGAGACCUCGGAGUCUGAGUCGGAGUCAGCUGGUGGUGAUUCUCGACCUGGCUACAAACGAGUACCUACUGAAGAACCUGCCGCUGACCUUCCUCGUGCUUCUGAUGAUGAACGACCUGGACAAGUACCACCUUCUGGACAAGUUCCUCCUUCUGGACAAGAUGCCGGUUCUCGUCGAGCACGAUCCUUGCGGAGUGUGCAGAGUCAACGCGGACUCAACCUUGCCGACUCCUUCAUCCUCAAUCAACUUCGUGGCUGGCGACUUUUGAGUGGUGCUGCUUUGAAGAGUGAAGAGUGGCGUUCCAUUCUGGCAUCAACGAAGAAUCAGCUGGACUAUGACUCCAUUUCUUCGGCGCCCAUGGUUCUCUUCGAUGAGCAGAUCCCUCAUCAACAUCGUCUACAUCAACAUCAUUCUCAACAUCCUGGCGGUGGACCUCAUCACUUCAACAUGGCCGAGGGCGAUGACUGGUCGUGGGAUGAUUCCUCAUGGUGGGAUGAUCAAUGGGCAGCGCAAGUGCGCUGGGAUGAUGAUGGAUGGGAAGCUCAACCUGAAGAAGAACAUGGAGAAGAACAAGAAGCGGCCGAUACGGCCAACGAUGGAGAAGCUCUUGACCUCUACGCCUUUGUGAAGGGCAAGUCCAAGGGUGGUGGAAAAUUCAAGUCCAAGAACUCAGGCAACGUCAAUGCCUACAGCAUGAGCGACUAUGACGCUUAUGGCCUUCAGUUUGACACCGAGAAGGAAGACCUCACACACCUGAACCUUGGGAAGAUCGAGAAGGAAGGCAAUAGCCUGGGCAUGUUGGACUGUGGUGCAACCUGCAGUGCUGGACCGGAAACGUCCAUCCGCAAUCUGAUCCAAGCCGUGAUCAGCCAAGACAACAGUGCAGCCAUCUCUGUGGAUGCGAAAAAGCGGCCCAAGUUCCGUUUUGGAAGUGGAGCAUGGGGCCAAGCCUUGUACCUGAUUCGAAUCCAGUCCAGCAUCACCAACAAGUUUUUUGAAGCUUUUGUUCUACCUGAUCCUGAAACUCCUUUGAAACCUGGAUUCGAACAUGUACCAGUCUUGGUGGGGAUGGAUUUCAUACGUCAAAACGGUUUGAUCAUCGACUUCACUGAUGGGUAUGUAGUCUGUGCUCAACAUGCAAACGCGAAACCUUUCUACAUGCCUGUGAAUGCCAAGGGUCAUUUCAUGGUCGAUUUGGUCAACUAUUUGUGUGAAGGAAAAACACUUCAUGAUGGUCAUCCCAGUUUACAUGUCACAGUUCCACAAGGUGAAGGUUUUGAAGGUUUUCUUGCGAGUGAUGUCAACAUGUUCACCUUUGAAGCCAUUGAAGAUGUCAACAACAUGUCAACCUUGGAGUUUGAAUGCGGUACUGUAGUCAAAACCGAUGACGAGAAGAAGACGUUCCAACCAGACCUCUCACGAGAGAUGGGCCCGGAUCUUCGAGAUCCCAGAUGCAAGGGCUGGCCGUGUCACAGCGAUCACCAGCCAGGGAAGUCACAGGGCAACAAGUGGGCCAAGUGGACCCACUGCACCAAGUGCGGUCUCAGGGUGUCUUACACUCCGAGCAUGGGUGCCCCGUCGAACUCCAUGCAGGUCUUCAACCCGGAGAUGGUUCGACGUGCCCUCAACGACCUGAAGGACAACCUUCCCAAGAAUGUGGAGCCCACGGAGGAGCUGGUUCAGCUGUUCAUCGACAAGGUGACUGCGGAGAUCCGCAUCGAGCACAUCAUGGAGGAAGCCAAACGCGACCUCGCAAAGAACAUGGAGAAGGUAGCAAAAGCUGCCGCCGCAGCCAAGAUGUCAGCGAAGCCGAAGCCAAAGAUCAAGAUGAAGGCGAGUCAGCUGACGCAGCCUUCAGAAGGUUAUGUCGAGGCGGUUCCAACCUCAUCGACCUCAAGCUGGCAGGACAUCCCUCAGGAACCUCCUGCGGAGUUCAAUCCUAUGGAUCACCUGACGGAAGCGGAGAAGAAGCACAUCAUGGAUCUGGCCGCAAGCCGUGUCCAAGUGGUGCACGACUCGGAGGAAGAGAUGGAGCCAAAGCUGAUGGACUUGGUGCACUUUCUGAACGACAAGUUGGUGGCGAAUAUUUCCGAGCUGAUCUACGACAAGAAGCCACUGGUGUGGGAGAUGUUCUGCUCUCCUCAAUCUGGACUUGCACAAGCAUGUGAAGCUGAAGGAAUACCAACUCAGCGCAUCAACUUGGAGCAAGGUUUCGACCUCUACAAGCCGGCAACAUACCCGGUGCUGUUCGAGCUCUUCAAGGUCCAACGCCCCAAAAAGCUUUGGAUCUCUACGAUGUGUACUUUGUUCUGCAGCUGGGUGGACUUGAACUAUCAAGGCCGAGAAGAAAUCUUACAAAAGAAGAGACGCAGGGAGCGAAAGAUGUUUCGCCUCCUCAAGGCAUUUAUCGGAGCCGUGAUCGCCUACGACCCCACUGUGGAGAUCUACUGGGAGAACUUUCGUUCUCAGUUGCUCCCCUACCGCUGGCCAAAGCUUUUGUGGAUGUCUGCAGCUGACGAUGGAGCAACAUUCGAAGGUUUUGUGGCCGAGCACUACAAUGCCCCUGGCGAGUUAUGUGCUGGAGAAGAACAACCCUCUGGAGAAGAUCAACAGCCCGACGGUGAAGAUCAACCUCCUUCUGAAGAUGCUCUACGCAAAUGGGAGGUACAACUCAACCAAUUCCACCGUGCGGCUGGUCACCCGUCGACACGAAAUCUGGUGCGCAUGCUGGUGGAUGCUCAAGUGGAACCUUGGAAGAUUCAACAAGCCCGCAAAUUUCGAUGCUCAACCUGUGAGGAGAUGGUCAAGGGUGGUGUUUCUUCGAAACAGAUCCCUCCUGCAGCGAUGCGACCAUUGCCGGUGGCCUGGGAACAAGUGGGUAUCGACUUGGCGGAAUGGACGGUGCCCAACCAGAACACCAAGGUCAAGUUCGUCAUGAUGAUCGACUUGGCUACGCGCUAUCGCAUCACUGAGACCCUCUUCGUGUAUGCUCAUGGCGAGAACAAGGUCGAGACUACAGACAUGAUGAUCAAGGUCAUCACAACUCGAUGGUUGAUGAGCAUGCCUCGACCCAAAUGUCUUGUGCCGGACAAUGCCAACACCUUGGUGAGCUACAAGAUCACAGAGUUCAUGGCGGAUCUGGGAAUUGAGAUUGCAACACCUCCUGAUGGAGAAAGCUGGGCCCAUGGCAUCUCUGAACGAGCUGUGGGUCAGAUCAAGGAGACUGCCUCCCUGAUACAACAAUCUCUUCCUGACCAAGACCCAGUUCUUACGCUGGCUAUGGCAACCAGUGCCAUGAACAACACCGAGUUUGUCAAGGGCUACACAAGCAUUCAAUGGGCUUUUGGCAAACAAGCUGAACUUGAUGACGGUGAACUUCGUCAACAGCUGAGUCUGCCAAUCGACAGACAACAACAUGAGUUUCUCCGACUUCUGAAUCAACGGCAACUGGCUGAAGAGUGUGCGAGAAAGGCAAAGGCAAGAACUGUGAUGUCCAAGCUGAAAAAUUCAGCCGUGAGGCAACCUCUGAGGACUUUCAAGAUGGGACAGCCUGUCUACAUCUGGAGAAAGUUUUUGCCCCACUCUGUCUAUGCAGGAAAGAAGGGUGGACACAAACAUGUGGGACGACCGCGUUGGGUCGGACCUGGUCGCGUAGUGUUUCAUGAACUUGUACCUGGACAAGAAGAAGAAGACAGGAAGCAUGUGGUCUGGGUGAUACUUGGAACUCGGAUCUACAAGACCUCAGUCCACAGUGUGAGACCUCUUUCUGCCCGAGAACAACAUCUCUUCGAGAUCAAGGGUGACGAGUCUCAUCGUUGGAAGCAGCUGAGCGAUGUGCUUCCAAAACGCGAGUUCAUUGACAUCACCGUGGAGGAGCCUGCGGAGGACGAGGUGGAGCAACCUUUUCUUCCUGACGAACCUGGCUCCGCGACCAUUGUCAAACCCCAAGUACGCUUUCCCGGCAAAUUUCCAAUUAUGGAUAGUGGACAUCCAGACUACCUUGCACCUCCGAAGCCUGGUAGACCUGUCUCUACCGUUGACGAGACCUUUGACCCUGUGAAUGUGUACGAGCCGGACUCCAAAGACCUUCUGGAGCCCGACAACAAGAGAACCUCAGUGUCCUCAACAACACCUCUUCUUGAACCUCGUGAGCCUGCCGAGAAGCGAGCUGAAGCUGGUGAGGGAACAUCUGAUGAACCAGAGUCCAAACGACUCAAAGCUGAUGAGGACGAGGAAAGCGAGAAGGAGUUCAAAUUUCUGGAAGCUCUUCGCUCUGUGGACGAAGGGUAUGUCUUCAACUUUGAGCUGGACUUGGAGUCGAACCGCAAGAAGAAAGACUUCAUGCGCAAUCCCGUGAUGUUCCUGGCGAAGAAGAUGGCUGGAGCAGAAGUGAACUACAAACGCUUGUCUCCUGAGGAGAAACAGCUCUUCGAGAAUGCCAAGCAGUCUGAAGUGAGCAGUUUUCUUCGAACUGAAGCAGUACGUCGUUGUCUUUCUUACGAGGAGCAACAACGAGCUGAGAACCCUGGAAGGGUGCUCAAAUCGAGAUGGGUAUUGGUGUGGAAAGGGGUACCAGAAGAGAGUCGUGCCGAAGCAGCUGAUGACCGCAAGAACAACCCCAACACCACUCAUGAUGCCUCCUUGACCCGCAAGGCCAAGGCUCGAAUAGUUCUCUUGGGAUUUCAACACCCGGACUUGGAACUCGUUGAAGCUCAAGAACUUUGGACACCUGGAGUACCAGAACUUCGUGCUGCACUUGGAGCAAGUGAUGGAGAACUUCUUCGUCUACUUCGCAACGUAUAUGGCAGUGCUACCGCUCCACGUGGCCUAUGGACUGAUGUGGAUCAAACUCUUCAACGUCUUGGCGGACAUCGACUCAUUGGAGACGCAGCUUUCUGGUGUUGGGUGGAAGAAAAUCCUAACCCAAAGAAUCCUGCUGACCGCUACAACCUGAUCGGAUUUGUUGGUGGUCAUGUCGACGACUUCAACAGAGCUGGCGAUACAACCAAUGAGAAGUGGCUUUCUGUGAGACAAGCCAUUGAUAAGGCUUAUGCCUGGGGAACACGCAAGGAGGAGAACUUCCGACACUCUGGAGUAGAUCUUGAGGUAAAGAAUGACCGCAACGAGCGCUACGUGCAGCUGAGUCAGGAUUUCUACCUGGAGAACCUCCCCGACCUUGCGAUUCCUGAAGAUCGUCUACUUGACAAGAGUGUCAUGGUGGCCAAGGAAAUCGCUGACCUGAUCAAGGACGUGAAGAAGGAUCCAAUGAAUCUUCGGCUUUUCCAACUUCCUCAUGUACAACACUGGCAAGAUUGGACUGUUGUGACGAUGGCCGACCAGGCACACAACAACCGCCCACAAGGUGGAUCAACUGGUGGUCUACUGACCUGUCUUGGUGGACCUGAACAACUUGCUGGAGAAGCUGGUCGCCUCAAUCCAGUUUCUUGGAGGACCUGGCGUUUACGCCGGAAGGCCAUUUCUACAAAUGAUGGCGAGAUGCAAGCAACCUUGGAGGGCGAAGACUCCAACUUCCGUGUUCGUUGGAUGUGGUGCCAACUCAAUGGAUGCUGCGCUAUCAAAGAUGGCAACCUUUUGGAGAAGGCCAACGACCUUGUCAAGUAUGUGAAGGGCUUGAGCGAGAAGAAGGCAAAGAAGGAUGGUCGUGCUGCUGUACAGCAAAUGAAGGAGCUUCAAGCUCUUGUCCCAAUAGCACACAUGAUCCAAGAAGAAUUUUGA